GUCAAUGGCGGCGGCUGUGCCUGCAGCUCCCGUGGAAUCUGUUCCGGACCGAAGCGGAGCUGAAGACGAGCCAAAAGUCACCGAGCCAGACGAGGAGGCAGGGAAUGCGCAGGCUGGGCCCACAGCGGGCGCGCAACAGCACCGACUCGCCAAGUUACCGCUGUCCCGCAUUAAGGCCCUGAUGAAAGCUGAUCCGGAUGUGAGUCUGGCGAGUCAGGAGUCCGUGUUCAUAAUAGCCAAAGCUACGGAGCUUUUUGUAGAAAUGAUUGCAAAGGAUGCUCUUGUUUAUGCACAACAAGGAAAGAGAAAAACCCUACAACGAAAAGACUUGGACAAUGCUAUUGAAGCAAUAGAUGAAUUUGCGUUUUUGGAAGAAUGGAGAAAACUAAUCCCAAAGCCCCUUGACUCCUGCCAUAGUUAAAUGAACACCCAGACCUUUACUUUGUAUUUUGUUACCUCAUGAAAUAUAUUUUAUUUUGAAUACAACCAACAGGACAUUUACAAGCUCAGACAUCAUAUUUCCCUGAAAGUCCUUUUCUCUCUGGAAGCGAACUGCACAGAGACUAACAGUUGGUAAAAACAUGGACAGAAAUGAUCCUUUAAAGAAUGGCAAACAUCCAUCCAACAUACAAUGGGAUUUUUUUUUUUUUUGCUCUAAUUUUUCCAAUUUAAAUACAGUACUUUCUCCUUUCCCAACUUAUAGGGAUAGUUCACCCCAUAAAUGCAAAUUCUUUCAUUAUUUAGUCACACUCAUGUUGUUCCAAAUUCACAUGACAUUGUCUCAUCUGUGGAACAUUAAAGAAGAUGUUGGGUAUUGUCAGCCACCUUUUUCCAUACAAUGAAAGUCAAAAGUGACUGAGGCUGUCAUUCUGCAUAAAAUCUGUUCUGUUUAAUGCAAUAGUUCUCAAAUUUUUUGGUCAUGACCCCCUUUGAAAUGAGAAAAACAUUUGUUUUGGGAACCCCCAACCCCCUUCCCAUUACUCUGAUCAAAAAGAUUAACUGCUUUUUCUUUCAUCCUCAUGUCACAGGGAAAACAUUUUCUUUUAAAAAAAACAAUGAAAACUGUCACUAGGAAUACAUUAUGCUUUUAUUUUUUUAUAUAUAUAGUUUCUGUGUUACAUAAAUAUAUAAAUAACUGUAAUUAAAGGUCCAGUAUGUAAGAUUCAGAAACCCUUGUUAUUAAUGACAUCUGUGGCCGUUAAUUGAACUGCAGCCUGUUGCUCGUGAUCGCGCGUACACACUCCAUAUUGACUGAACAUGAUUCACCGGCAUCAUGAUGACAGAUAAGGUAGCAUAAUUAAAAUUACACAGUUAUGAUUGUUUUACUACAAACUUUGAGACUGUAUAUUAUAUUUGACUCUCCAGUGCUGAAACAGGGCUAAAACAAAGUGUGGAUAUAGGUAUGACUAUGUGAGACUGUAGUUUGAAGUAAUCACUUUUCUUUGCAUGAUACAUAGGCUAUCGUAUAAAUGCAGUCAAUAUCGGCGAUAGCUAGCUAGCCAGCUUUAUCAAUAGCUGUUAGCUAAAUUUGUUGGGUGAUGACAGUAGCUGUUUAUAAAAUAGACUGUACAUUAUAAAUAUGUUGACACAAUUCAGUAUUGAUAUGAUUCCAUCACAACUGUCAUUUUGAUAUCGAUGCACUAUUGUUUUAUAAUAAUAGAAUGUAUAUAUUUUCUGUAUAACCAAGUUAUGUUACACUAAAGAAUGGGUCUUUUUGCAUUAUCUUGAACAUUGUCUAGCAUUCAUUUCAUGUGCUAUUGUAGUUUACCUUGCUGAAUAAUUACAGAUUAACAUUUUGUCAGUUACUGUGAAUCAGCAUACCUGACUUUUAUUAUAAAGAGAAGAUCGUUGAAAUGAUUUAUAGGUAGCUUGCAAUUCGUCAGCGUUAGCAGGCAAGAUCAAGUUAGCUAAAAUUACACAGAUCAAUCCUUAUGGCACUAUAUUUCACAUGCUUUGCAGUUAUGUAAGCUUACCUGUCCAAUAAGAAGAAUGCCAAUUCAGGGUUGGUUUUGAUCCCCAAAACCAAACGAAGUUUUCGCUCGACCACGAUCACGUUCCCGCUUAGCCAGAUGGGAUUCAGUAAAUGUUUUUUUUUUUUUUUUUUUUUUUUUUUUUUUUGGCUUACUCUUGAGUUUGUGUAGGAGUCAGUGUUGUACUGGGAGCCGGACGUUUGCUGGAUUCCAUCUCUAAUAUAACGUUACCUAGUGUUGCAGACUGUCUGUUGACACUGUUAAAUAGCGGAAGCACUGAGGCAAGGCUCUCGGAAGCGCGCAUAAACGUCACAUCCUUUGGAUUUUCCUGGCAAAAGCGACCCGCUCCCUUCACAUGAAAAUCAGUCUACAGGCUUUAAUAGGCAACAUAGGAAGUCCGGGAAGGGCUCAUUUUUUAAGUUGCGUUACAAGCCGUUCACACAUUGGCAAAAAAAAAAGGCGAAUAUUACAUGAAAAAUGUUACAUAUUGCACCUUUAAGCUUAAAACAUAAAAAGGAAUAAAUAAGAACUGAUAUCUGCAAGGAUUCAAACCUGUGAAUGGAAGUCUGCCUCAGCAGGAUAAAUAAAAGCGUUUUUAUAAUUCUCAUCCAGUAAAAAUAAAUGACUGUUAAUGGCCCAUCUUGGCCUGUGCUAAGAAAAGUAACAGGUACCACAUGACAGCGUCGUCUAUGCACUGUUUCGGGAGCGGUCCGGAACUUUGGACGAUAAUUUGCACUUGAUUAAUGAUACUGAAAAACAUAACCACAAAAAAUAAAAACGGAUUUAAGACCAUUUAAAAAAUACUGUUGCGUGGCCUAUAUGUUUAAUCCGGUCCUGUUUAGGAGCAGUAUUAAUUUAUAAUAGCUCACCUAACAAUUAAAAUUUCUGCCAUCAUUUACUGACCCUCGUUGUUAGUUUGACUUUCAUCGUUGAAACGCAAGAUUGAGGAAUGAGAGGAUUGUGAUUUUGGCUGUCCAAGCUCCUAAAGCACAUAAAAGCACUAUAAAAGUUGCCCAUAACACUCAUGCCUUUAUAUUUCAAUUCUUUUGAAGCCAGACAAUAGUGUUGUGUGAGGAACAGACCGAAAUGUAUGUGUUAAUUAAUUUUUUUUAGCUGAAACUGCCACAAAUGAGAACGUCUUUGGGUAUGUAUACUCUUCGAGCGCACCUGACAACACGUGCACGUGUUGGGCUGUUGAGAGCUGCAUGUGCAGGACGCUGUGAGGUGCCAGGCAAAAGCUUAAACAAGGCAGGAGAAAAGGCAGAGGAAAAGAAAUUGUGACUCUUGUCACUAUUUUUGUUAAUUGUGUGAAAAAGUUAACUAGAUUUGAGAAUGGGCAGUCUUACCCCCCCCCACUUACUAUACCUCUUGGACACACCCCCACACUUUGAGAACCACUGGUUUAAUGGAAGAAAGAACAUUUUAAGGAUUUGGAACAGCAUUAAUGUAAGUAAAUGAUUAUAGAAUUUUUAUUUUUGGGUGAACUAUCCGACGACUAUUAGUAAACCAUUUGUAGAUUUCCCUGGAAUGUGUAAACAAUUUGGAUCUGUGUUGCUUUCAAAACUGCUUUUAUUUUAGCGUCCAGAGCAGCCCAACAAAGCAACAUUGACUUCACCAAUGGUGUGACAUUGGGGCAGGACUGUCUGUGUGUAUCAGCCACUAUCAGACAGGGCAUGUUAAAGGGUUAGUUCACCCAAAAAGGAAAAUUCUCUCAUGAUUUACUUACCUUUAAGCCAUCCCAGAUGUGUAUGACUUUCCUUCUUCAGCAGAACCAAAAUGAAGAUUUUUAUAAGCAGAUCUCAGCUCUUUUUGUCCAUAUAAUUCAAGUAAACAGGUGCCAUCAGACUGCUGGCUGUUUGACGGUCCAAAAG